AUGUUCUCUCGUAAAGGCACCGGUGGUACUACUACUGGUCCCACGAGCAGCAGUAAACUCGUGAUGAAAUCCAAAGGAUGGAAAGCGGACAAGUACGAAUUCCAGGUGACUGUUCGCUCGGUGUACAAUCUCCUCCCCGGCACGAAACGAACGCAAUUGCUCGUCAAACGAGGCUCGAAAGUUGCGAAGACACAAAUCGUGGACGCGUCGAACGGCGAGUGCGACUUCAACGACGAAGUGUUGAGUAUUUCCACCUCUCUGUUCGUCAAUCCGAGAACGGGAGAGUACGAGAGUAAACCGAUGUUGCUCACCGUGAAGGAAAUCAUGUCCAAGACGAAAACGCGAGUGUACGCGGAAAGCAAAAUCGAUCUGAUGGAUUUUUGCCUCCAACCAGGGAAGGAAAUCACGAAGACGGUCCCUUUAAAAACCGGGAAAGGAGAGAAGACGGUGCAACUGACGCACGUGCAAUUUUCGGUGCGAGCGAUACCGGUGGCGGAAGGGGUGGCGUUUUCGGAAAUUUCGAGCGACGCGUCGAUCGCGAAUUUGAGCGAUUUUGACGAAGACGACGUCGCGGAAGGAAGGAAGAAAAAGAGACGAGAGCAAGACAUUAACGCGGAACUGGAAUCUGUCCUCGAAGAAGAAGAAUUUGAAGAAAGUUUUGUGCCGUCGGUUUCGGAGGAUCUGUCGCCGCCGCAGAGAGGGUCGGAUCCGACGGCGUCCUCGGACGUCGGCGGAGCGCGAGCGUACUCGACGGCGAAGAAGAGGUCGAAGAAAGCGAACGUUUCGUACGGUGAUGAUGAUGAUGAUGAUGAUGAUGACUACCAGGAAGAUAAAGAAUCUAUGUAUUCCAGCGAAGAUGAUGUUCGUGUAAACAGUGAUGAGAAUAAUAAAAUUCAAACCGGAGCGCUCGGAUACGAUUACAACGCCGACAGCGCUUUUGUGUACAGAGGCGAAGGUCAAAACAACGAAAUCCAACAAGCGCCAAUGCAAGGACAGUUACGUUUUGAAAACGUCGACGGCGGCGUGGAAGCGACAGAUACGUUGGUUCCGGGUAACCGCUCGUUGCGAUUGAUGGUGAACAGAAACUGUAAAAUUAACGUCCGAGUUAUCGAUCGAUUCGGCAAUCCGCGCGCCCGAGGAGGGGACGAUGUCGAAGCGGUCGUCGUGCACACGGAAACGAACGAACGUGCGAGCUGUAAAGUAACCGAUCAUGGUGAUGGGUCGUAUUUGCUCGACUUUUCCUGCCCUUCCGCGGGUGUAUGGAUGCUUCGAUGCGCAUACAACGGACGUUUGAGCAACGAAGUGCACAAACUCGUUGUCUCACACGGACCGUUGACGGCGACAGAUUUGAUUUUGGAUUUGCCGCAAGGUACGCAGCCGUGUGGUGGAUAUGCCCCUGUUCGCGUGCGCAUUGCUCGACCGGAAGAUGGACGCCAGUUUUCCGGUGCGGAAGGGUUCCAAGUGAAACUCACGGCCCCGUCGGGCGUUUCCGUCGGCAUUCCCAUCGAGUGUCAACCAGGGUCGAUUGAAGCCGUUGGAACCAUCUGCUGGCCAGAAGUUGGCGAAAAUUGGGUUUCGGUUACGUUAGACGGUCGUUCGUUACCUGGUGCGCCGCAUGCGGUACAAGUUGCCCCGGAGGUUGCGUGCUUGGCCGCCUCGCAAAUCACCGGCCCGGGCGCGCACAAGUGCAUCGCCGGCGAACGAGCCACGUUCAUCAUCGAAACGAGAGAUCAAAGAGGCAACCGCUUACGAGAAGGCGGGUUUGACUUGGAGGUCUCCCUCAAGUGUAAAACAAAAGCUGGAAACGACGAGCGAUUCCGAGGCGAGAUUAUUGAUUUCGGGAACGGUUCCUACGAAGCGUCGUACGUGUGCAAAGUAGCUGGAAAUUUCGAACUCGUCGUUGCUUUAGGCGAAGAAGAAUUAAACAUGAAAGCUAUUUGCGAACCAAAUGUGGCGGUGAUUCAAUCGUGCGUCUUACUCGGGGACUCGAAUCUCGAUUUAAUCGUCGGUAAAGAAGGUCGAGUGACUAUUCAAAGAAGAGACGCGUACGGGAACGAUUGCCCUUCGAGGCAAGGUCAAUUGGCGUUUCGGUGUACCAUCGACGGCCCAGGUUUAGCGAAAUGCGACGUCAUCGACGGUUCUUACGGUCGAUCAGACGUCGUUGUCAAGUGUACGAUUAUCGGUCGAUACUUUGUCUCCGUUUCGGGAGGUGAACACAUGGAUUCGUUACCGGGCGCGCCUUUUGAAAUUGUCGUCACGCCAAGCAUUGCCGCGGGAUCUGCGUGCGUAACUUCAAUUUAUGGUGCACAACUCGCCUCUCCCGACAGCGACGCCUUAGUCGCCGUUGCGGGCGAUGAAGUCAUCGCGAACGUUUCCCCGAAAGAUAUCUACGGCAACGCGACGUCGUUUACGAGCGAUCAGUCGAUUUUUUUCACCGCCGUCAUGGACGACGAAGAGUACCACUUUGAAAAUCGCGGAGGUCCCAGAGCUGAAGCUACCUUAUCGGCGAGUUUUCAAACCGCAGGUUCGUACUUGCUUUCUGCCGAUGCUGCCGAGGAACCGUUAGCCGGGUACCCGCGCAUUCUUAUUGUGGUUCCGGGAGCAACAGAUCCGAGUAAGUGCAUGGUAUUUGGCGAAGCGGCCGCUGGCGUUCGCGUCGGACGACCGAGCCAUCUCACCAUUCACGCCGCGGAUAAGUUUGGCAACUUGAGAGCUACUGGUGGCGACGUGUUAGACAUGACUUUAGUUUCGCCGGAUGGACGAUCUGUCGUGACGGCGAAAGUUGUAGACCAUUCCGACGGCACGUAUGGGUGCGAAUUCAAACUGGACCAACCGGGAAUGUGGGAUUGUCAAUUAGUCGUCAAUGGCCAAACUGGUCGUUCGGACGUUCAAUCGAUUUUAGCAGAAUACGGUCCAGUUAUAGCGCAAGAAUGUUCGUUCGUUGGACUCGGCUCGGAUAAUUUAGGUGGCGUCGUUUGCUUCGAAAACGGCACGAUUACGAUUUACCCGAACCAUGCCGGCAACGGAACCGUGAACGAUACUUCAGUCGGUCGCAGAUUUAACGGCACGGAAGCUAUGACUACUCGAAUUCUGUUACCAUCUGGUGAAGUUGCCGAGGUGAAAUUGACGUUCGAGAACGGCGUGUAUACCGGCACGUACCGCUGGACGCAAGUCGGCAUGCACACGAUUUCGGUCAAUUUAAGCCAAGAAGCUAUCAUCGGGUCGCCAUAUAACGUCGAAAUCCUCCUGUCGUUGCCGCAAAUUCCCGAGAACCUCUCUGCCAGAGAGAUUGCGGACAUGUUACCGAACCUUCUUCCGGAAGGCGCCGCGCAAGCGCUUUCGAACUUGUCUCCGAAGGACGCCGCGGACGCCAUCCAAGGCCAAGACGUGGAAAACGUCGCGAGAAUGUUGAGUGGCGUCAUGCCUGGAACUUGCGCUGAAAUUCUCUCCGAACUUCCUCCGAAAGAUGCAGCGGAUAUUUUAGGUGCUAUGCGUGACCCAACAGACGUUCUCCUCGCUAUGAGUACGGAAGACUUGGCAAAAAUCUUAGCCAGCGCGGAUCCGGAAGACAACGCCAAAUUCCUCGACGCUUUGAAGCAAUUAAGCCCGGGAGAUUUAGGACCGCUUUUAAAAAACUUAGACCGUGGGAACUUGGAGAAGCUAUGCGAAGACAUCGAUAUCGCCGAUGUCGUCGGAAAAUGUAAAGAUAAAAAGGAUAAAGCUGGUAUUCUAGCACGAUUACCGCCGAGGCUCGUACCAAAAGCCAUGCGAACUCUGGACGUGAAAGAGCGCGCGGAAAUGUUAGAGAUGAUUGAAACUAUGCGCAGAGAAGCUGGAUUUAGCGAGUCUACGAGUGGAGACGGUUGGAACUGGAUCGAUUUAAUUGCCGGGUGUUCCAACGCUUGGCUUUCGGAUCCUUCCUUGCCGGCCCACGAACGACAAACUAGACGACAAAACGCUUUAGAACGCUUAGAAAAUUUAGCGCCGGUGAUGAUAGACAUAUCCUGUAAAGGCGGAUGUGCGCUGUAUGAAGCUGGCUUUGACGAUGCCGACGGCGAAGACGUCGCAGUUGUCGUAUAUGCCUUACUUUUAGCGGACGAUACCGGGGGGGUCAUGCAAACCAAAGACGAGACGAACUCGAAUCACGCGUUGAGUUUUUUCCGAUGCUGUCGAGAAGAUCAACGCAUCGUGGCGUUGCCCUUCUUAUUGGAUAACAAAUCCUUUGGUCGAUUAGCGUUGGAAAUGACACCGGAAGAGCUCGCAGAUUUGCUCAAAGAUCAAGAUUCAUCGACCGUCGAACGCGCCUUUUGCCAAGUGUGCAAGCAUAAAGGUCACGAGCUGGCGGCGAAUGCGGCCAACUUGUUAGACCCGGUGCUGGCUGCAGAAGCCAUUUCGAUUUCUUUACAACCCGAUAGUAACUGCGACUUGUCCGGAAUGUUCCAGUUUUUGAUUGCAGAGAUUUUGGCGCUCAUCGACCCUUUGGAAGCUUUGGGUAAAGCUUGCGAAGGUUUGAUGAACGCACACGAUAUUUUGGGAAAGCUUUCUCCGGAGGACGCGUGUCGCGCGUUGCGCGGCAUGUCGCCGGAUGAGGUGACUAAAAUGUUACGUAAUCUUAAAGGUGGCGAUUUGGACUCUGAAUCGUCAUUGGCUAACGCCGUCGCUUUAUAUGCGGCUGGUUUAUCUCCGGAAGCUGCGGCAGCUUUGAUCGAAGACAUCGAUCCAAACUUUGCUAUUUCCUUCGUUUCUUUGAUGCCGGAGCAAAUGAUUCAAAACAUAAUGAAGCACUUGAAAAGACGCGACUUGAAAGAUCGCAUCUUGAACCGCUCGACAUUAUGCUUACCGCAAUGCACGGUGAAGUUUGCUGAAUAUCAAUGCAUUGCGGGCAUUCCGGCGAAGAUUGUCAUCGAAGCGAGAGAAAAGGGCGGUUCGCGCAUCCCCCACGGCGGCGCGCAACUCUCCGUUUUCACGCGACCGGCUGAUUCAAAGCUCGCGUCCCAAAUGGAACCCAUCGAAGGUGAGAUUAAAGACAGAGGUAAUGGUGAUUACGAAAUCAUUUACGUUUCCAAAACCGCUGGUCCGAUUGAAGUUGUUGUCCUCGGCAACUCCGAAGAGGCCAUUUACGAUUCCACGUGCUAUGCCGGUGACUGCGACGUGCUCAAAUCUACUCUUGAUAAGUCAGGGUUAGACGAGUGGAAAGCCGGCGAAGGCGGGCUGUUGCGCUUGCAGCUCGUUGACGCCUACGGUAACAAAAUCGACGCGAACGAUUGCGUCUUGGACUUCAAGGUUCGUUGCGUCGGCCCCGGGACGGUCAAGGCGAGCAACAAACGUUUGCCGAUGCCGGAUGGUCGAAUCGAGUUUGAACUCGAAACGAACACCACCGGAGUGUAUACCAUCACUGUUUCGUGCGUGGAUACGAAUGAAAUCAUUCCCACGACUCCCUUUGAAGCGGCAAUGGUGACUGGAAAACUCUCGCACGCCGGUUGUAAAGCCGUGUUGCAAACCUUGACAUCUUCGACGAAAGGCUUCAAAUUGGACAACGGAUUCAACGGCGCGAAAGGAGAUAAGAGUAAAAAGUCUCCGCUCGUUUGCGCCGCAAUGGCUGGUGAAGAAGUCACCGCACUGGUUGAUGCGUGCGAUCGAUACGGGAACCCAACUGUCUUCAAAGGCGAAACGGUGACGGUAUCUGCAUCCGGUCCGGCGCAUUUACCUCAAGAAAGAGCGUUUGAAGUCGCGGACAUGCGCGGCGGUCGCGUCAUUUUGCGAACGAUUUGCCCGAGAGCUGGAAGCUACGUCGUCCACGUUGCCGUCGAUGGUAUUCCCAUCGCCGCAUCUCCGUUGGCAUUGCAUGUGUUCCCUGGACCGUGCGUGACUGGACGAGCGACGUUGCGUGGGGAUGCGUUAGCCGGCGUCUUGGCCGGCCACGUCUCCAGGCUUACGGUGCAAACCGAAGACAAGUAUGGGAACAAUUGUCACGGGGGUGGCGAUCGCGUCGAUUUGAGCAUUAUUUCUUCGGGUGGGAACAAAUCGACGUGUUUGGACGUCCACGACCACGGCGAUGGUUCGUACACAGCGGAGUUUGUAGUCCCCACGGCGGGGAGGUACACGUGUUCUGCGGUAAUCAACGGGAAAGUCGCGAAAGAAUCCACGGUCGAAUUGAUUGCUACUUACGGUCCAGUUUCAGCAUCUGGGUGUAUUUUACGCGCUGCACCGGGUGUGGAGCAUUCGAAACAUGUCGAUCGCGUCGCCGGGUUGAUUGGCGCGGGGAAUAAUAACGACAACGUCGUUAUUGAUACGUGCGGCUCGUUGCGAGACAUUUACGUCCAGUCUUUGGAAUUUGAAGCGACUGGGAGAGGCAUGUCUGGGAAAGAAGCGUGUUCCGUGCAUUUAAUCGCCCCUUCUGGUGCUUCGCACACGUUGGCCGUUUCUUUUGCCGAGAGAGGCGCUCGCUACAAAGCCUCCGCGAGGUGGUGGGAAGUUGGGCGUCACGAAAUCGUAGCUACGAUUAAUGGUGAGCCCAUCGUCGGAUCGCCGCUAAUUGUCGACGUCGAAGCGCAGAACUUGAGCUUGCCAAUGUGCCGUCUCUCCGGUCCGGGUCUGCAAGGUGCAGUUGCCGGUGAGAAGGCGACGAUUUUGAUCGAGGCGAGAGACGCGAGAGGCAACCGAUUAUUCACCGGAGGCGCUUUAUUAGGUUUGGCCAUCCGAAGUGGUGGCGAUACCACGAGAGGUAAAGUAUUCGAUUUAGGCGACGGGACUUACGAGGCAGCAUACGUCGUCGAACGUGCCGGUCCGUUUGAACUGUCGCUCUUCCUCGGUUCAGAAGCAGCAACUUUUCGCGCGAAUUGCGUUCCGGGGAGAGUCGAUUACGCCAAGUGCCGAGUGGAUGGCGCUACGCACACGAGAUGGAUUGCUGGGCAACAACUUGCGUUUACGGUUACGCGUGUCGAUCGAUUUGGUAACAGGGUCCCGCGACGUGAAGGUUUAGCGCCUUUGUAUGGCUACGGCGUUGGACCGAACAACGCCGAAGUGGCUGUGGAGUCCUUAGAACUUGGUAACGGCACCUGUGAAAUCAGAUACACGGCGACGGUUGCUGGAACGUACAACUUGGGCGUGUACGUCGCCGAUGCGCCUUUACUGCCAUUCAUGAACGAAGAAGCGGAAGAGUUGAUGCAUUACGGACGCACAGAAGGCAAAACGAAAGCCUUGCCGGGCGUUGAAAGUCACGAAGGUGAGGACGUUUAUUCCAAAGCCGAAAGACAAAAACGCAUCGAGGCGAAAACGACCGAGUACGAUGAACACGCGAAAACAAUCAUCGAUGACAAGGGUAAAACCAGGCGCAUUUUAAUCGCAAACAAAGCUUUAGAAAGAGACGACGCGUUAGCAGGCGCCGUGAAAUCUGCGCAAAAGAAAGGUUACGAUGAGCGCAACUCUAAAAUCACCUUCGAAGAGCGCACGGCGGUAGCUAUUGCUGGCGGCCAAUCCAUCAGCGAGUUGCCAAAAUCGUUGCAAAAAGUCAACGCCGCGGAUGGUACGAUGCUCUUCCCUUUACCGAGAGGCGUAUUCGAAAUCCCGUUGGUCGCCGCGGUUGCGGAACCUCAGAAUUGCGACUUGAUCGUCGUUGGCGCGCGUCAGCGUAAUGGCGACGAUUACGACACAAACGGUGGCUCUAAAGCGUCUUGGGUUGCACCAGCGGGAGAAAACGUUCUCGUUUGCGUCACUGCGAGGGAUCGAUUCGGCAACGACACGUCCUGGGAGGAAGGCCAGGUGAUUCAAGUGCAAGCUCAAGGUCCGGAAUUCUUCGCUUUUGAUGUCACGGGGGCAACGUCGCGUCAAACCGAUUUCACGUCAAAAAUGACUCGAGCUGGUACGUUCGAGCUGCGAGUCUUGUGCGACGGUUUACCGGUAUGUUGGAGAGUUGUCCAAAUCAUCGCUGGACCGACGCACCCGGAUCGAUGUUUCUUAUCUAUGGAAGGUUUGAAAGACGUGAAAACGGGCGAUUUAGUUCGAUUAACGUUAAGAGCGGUGGAUCAAUACGCCAACUUGAGAGUACAAGGCGGAGAUGAUGUGCAAUUGGCGCUCGAAGGUCCGAACGGCGCUUACGCUCGUGGUGCUUCCGUGGUCGACCAUGGCGACGGCACGUACGCUCUCGAGUUCGGUGUCACCGUCGCCGGUCGUUGGAUUUUAUCCGUCCGUAUCAACGGCCAACCAUUGAUUGAAGGCGGCAUCGCCUUCCACGUCGCUUUUGGUACGUUGACCGCGGAAGAGGCCGAUAUUACGCUGAACCCAGCGCUUGACGCGCGAGGCGCGGCAGAGUGCGGGACGACGACGGAUUUAAUCAUCGUUGGCGCCGGUUUCGAAGUUAACAAACGCUUAAUGACUGGUUUAGAAGCGAUUUCGGUUGUUUUAACUUUACCGUCAGGCGUCUCCGAGUCGCUCCGCUGUACGCUCGCGAAAGAUAUGACUCGAUACGUGGCCAAAAUUCGUUGGCUUCAUCCGGGUGUUCAUCACAUUGCGGUUUUGAUCAAUGGGAUUCGCGUUCCGAAAACUCCCAUUCGCGUCAUCGCCGAAGGUCGGGAAAUUUCCUUGUCCGCCUGCGUUGUCUCUGGCGAAGGUGCGACGAGGUGCAUCGCCGGCGAACCAGCUAAGUUUCGACUCCACGCGAGAGAUUACGGUGGGAAUCCGAUUAACUUUGGCGCAGCAGAGAAGAUUCACGUCGAAGCGAGGUGCCCGGGAGAAAGUCCGAUCGCCGCUUCAUUCCUGAAUAAUCAAGACGGGACGUACGAUUUCGAGUAUGUGUGCACGAAAGCUGGUAAAGUUGAUUUGUUCAUCGCGUUGCAGACAAAAAAUCCGAGCAGUCGCACUUUAAACUGCGUAUGCGAAGCGUCGUGGUGCGAACCGUCCGAAUGUCGCGUGGACGCCUCCAAAAUGCUCGUGCAAUGGCUCGCCGGUGAACCCGGCAUCGUUCGCGUUCAACGUCGCGAUCGGUACGGAAAUCCGACGAGACGAAGCGCGAAAAACGGGUUGAACCGAUUCGCCGCGGAAGUUGUAGGCCCCGCCGUCGUGGAUUGCGAAGCGUUAGAGUUAGGCGACGGAACGUGCGAGUUGCGCUUGAGAGCGGCGGCAUCCGGCGUGUACGAAAUCGACGUUCUUGCGGUUGCCAUCGAUGCUACGAAUAUCGUCGACGACAUCGCCGGUGGUGGUGCCAUCUUAGGAGAAGCCGAUCCAGAACUCGUUGCGACGUUCGUCGCGGAGUGCGAGUCUACUCAAACCUUCCCGGCGGCAUGCGUCGCGAGAAUCGCGCUACAAAUCGAUCCUCUCGAUGAAUCAGCCGGUGAAGAGCGCUUGGGCGAGCACGACUCCGAUGCCUCCUUACCGGCCACAAUCGUUGCCGGCGACAAAGUCAACGUCUACGUCUUGCCUCGAGAUGCGCACGGGAACAAAACGCAAUGGACUGGCGGCGAACGCAUCGCUGUUCAUGGCAAAGGCCCGACGGAGAUUGCAUUUGCGCCUGGUGACGAUGUCGGUGCAUUUUCAGCAACCUUUACGGACGCGGGUACUUACUGCGUUUCCGCGUUAGUCGGCGACAGCUCUUGCGCUGGAUGGCCUCGUACCGUCCAAGUUGUUGCUGGUCCGGCGGACGCCAACGCGUGCAUCAUUUCUGGCGAAGCUUUAUCGCGCUCCACGACAGCCACGGAAACCACGCUCAUGCUCCAAGCUGCCGAUGUUUUUGGCAACAUGCGAUCUAUGGGCGGUGAUUUAGUCGAAGCUACGAUCAAAACCGAACACGAUGGGUACGUUGACUGUUACGUCGAAGAUGUCGGCGACGGCACGUACGUUUUACGAUUUGAAAUGGACGAACCGAUUCGACACGACGUGCAUUUAAGCGUCAACGGCGUCAAGGAAAAAAUUUCUAGGUACUCGCUCUCGCCAUCUUUAGGUGUUUUAAUUGCCGGCGAAUGCGUCGUUCGCGGCGUAGGUGGGGAACGUCCAGAGCUACACGACACGCAAACGUUAUUCGUCCAGCCGGCGAAUCCGUCUCGAGUCAUGUCCGGACGCGAGGCCAUUGUGUGCACGGUACACACGCCGUCAGGGUUGGCGUUUAAUACGCCCGUGGUGUUCAAUCCAGAAUCGAGACACUUUUGGUCUAAAUUGUUUUGGGUCGAGCUCGGGAACCACUCGGUUUGCGUUACUUUAGAUGGUGACAUCUUACCCGGCUGCCCGUUUGUCGUUCGCGUGCGGGACCCGAACCAGGAAGCGUACGACGAGUUCAUGCUCGACGCUCGCGAACGCGCGCCGUCCUCGGCGGUGCGUGCGAAUAACGCAUUUGGCUACGUUUACGGUACAGAUACGCACGGCCCAUUUCCGGAUUACUUCGAUUGGGCCGAUGAUAACGACGAUGACGACGAGAUGAGCUCCACAGAACACCAAGUCAUCUUUGGGAGUGCGAACAGUAACGAACCGAGAAUUACCGCGCAACAAGCCGAAGCGGCGUUACACGCGUUGCGCAGCCAACCUUCGUUGGAGGCAGCGGCGGAGAUGCUCUGUGGAAUGAAGCCAAACUUGGCUGGUGCGUGCUUGGAUAUGAUGGAGCCAGAAGAAGCGGCGAGCGUAUUGGCUGCCAUGCAAGACGAACGCGCCUUGGCGGCGGCGUUCGUCGCGAUGGAGGAAGAUAACGCGUCGGCGGCGUUAUACGCCGGGACGGCUGAAGAAAGAGAAAAGAUUUUGAACGCAAUCUCACCCAUGGCAGCAGCAACGUUACUCACGCGAAUGACGGCGCAAGAUGCGGCAAAUAUCUUGUCCGACGCGUCUGCGGAAGCGAGAGCGAACAUUUUACGUUCAAUGUCUCCGAAGAAAGCGGCAGAGAUUAUGGCUCGUUUCUCGGAGGUGUACCCGCACUUGAUGCGCGAAACCUUUGGCGCUCUAGAUGCAAAUUACGCGGCGAGGCUUUUAGCGUCCAUGCCAAACUUGACUGAUGUGGACCCAGAAGUAGUCGCCUUGGUUUUAUCGAGAGUGGAUUCCGAUGUCGCAUCGAACUUAUUGUGGAAAUUGCAAUCGACGCCGGCAAACGCGGAAGUUGCAGCGGCGGCACUGUGCGUCAUGGCGAUGACGGAUAUUGACUUGGCUGCGAAACAUUAUGCAACGUUGUUGGUUUCUGGGAAACCGAAAUCGGAACGAUUGGACGAAGCUUUAAGAGCGACGAGUAUUGGGACGAAGAUUGCAGAUUUGGCGGAGAAUUUGGUUGCGACUGGGGCGGUCACCCCGCCGCCGGUGAAUUUGAGCGGCGAAGCGCUCGGCGGCAACGCGGCUUCAUCUGGUGAAAUCAAAGAACACAGGUGGGGCGCAAACGGUGUAAAACCGUCCAAGUCAGCCACUCUUCGAGCGGCCAAAUCUUUGGAAGGUGUCCCACCCAAGGUUGCCGCACAAGCGCUCGCCGAUAUGCGGGCGGCGGCGGCGGGUGCCGUGUUGGCGACCAUGGACGCCGAACGCGCCGCGCAAAUCAUCGCUAACAUGAACCCGAAGAAACUUGCAGAAGCUAUUUCACAAAUGGAAUUGGACGAUGCCAAAAGAGUCUUCGCGUCCUGUAAACGAGGUGACCGCGCGAACAUUUUGGAAAACUUGUCUUUGGAAGCCUCCGGCUCCUUAGUUGGCGCUUUAGAUCCACAAUCCGCGGUGGAAGCGCUGAAGAUGAUUGAAGACGAAAAUAAAGUCAUGGACAUUUUACGACGCGUAAAACCUCCGUCGGCUUUAGCUGCAAUUCUUAUGCAAUAUACCGCGGAUAAAACUGCAGAAAUCUUCUCAAAAUUGACGCCGCAACAAUCCGCGAGUGCGAUGUCUUCCAUGUUUGCCUCGUCUCAGGAAGGCGCGAGGAAAUUGAACGCGGCGUUGGCGCUCAUGAAACCAGACGAAGUCGCUUUGCGUUUACAAGCGCUAUUACCGUUAGACCCACACGCGGCGAGCGAGUUGUUGUAUUCCAUGCCAGAACCGACGAGGUCGAAAGUCUAUGCGCGCAUGGAAUCGAAAGAUUCAGGGAAAAUUUUGCACAACUUAUCGCCGAAGCGAGGGAUGGAAAUCUUGGCCAACGCGUCCGUGAUAGAGGCGACGCCGAAAACGCUUUCUUCCUCUUUGGAAAGUUUGUCGAAAUACGGUCCAAGUUGGGCGAACCAAAAGCAAGCCGAGCACGAAACGACGAAGUCGAGAGGCGUCGUCGCGGAUUGUUUGCUGAAGUUAUGGCACGAAAGCAACAACGUUCACAAGCAAAAAGAUGCCGAGCAAAAAGUGACAUCGAAGAAGGCAUGCAUCGACUGUCUCGAAACAAUGGACGCGAAGGUUGCCGCGCACGCGAUUGGGAACAUGACGCCGAAAGACGCGGCUGAUAUCGUUUCUGCGUUGACGCCCGAAACUGCGGCGAGCAUCUUGACGAACAUGUCGGAGUCGAAAAGAGCUGCGAUGUUGUUAAAGAUGACGCCGGAAGCGGCUGCGGCGUGCUUGAAAUACCUGUCUUUAGACGAUGCCUCGGCUGCUAUUCGCGCCAUCUUGGAAACCGACGACGAGGACGCCAUCAAACGCGCAUCGCAAAUCUUAGCCGCCGCGGAUCCAUUCAGAGCCGGCGAAAUUCUUACGAGCAUUUCGAGCAACAUGGAAACGGUACGAACGGCGAUCAAGAAUAUGCCAUCUUCUGCGGUUGCGAACAUCUUUGCCGCCGGUGCCGUGGAACCGGACAUUGCGGCAAAAAUUAUUGACGGUCUCGACAUGGACAUCGCCGAUGGUAUCAUCGCUGCGUUACCGCCAGCUAACGCUGACCAAAUUUGCAACUUAGUCAAGGACGACGAAUUGCGCAACCGCGCCGCGGAUCGCGCCAUCGUCGUCUUGGCGUCUUCCAAGUUGGAAGGCGACGGAUGGCAAAAAGCCACGGCGGGAAUUGAAGCCGAAUUUAUUAUGCUUUCUACGAACCCAGCGGGCAAACGCAUCUUCAAAGGCGGCGCAAAAAUCAACUGCGCGGUGUACGAGUUGGAUAUCGCGAACAAACGAACUUCGAAGAUUCCCAUCCAAGCGAAAGUUGAAGAUUUGCGCGACGGGUCGUACGCAAUUCGAUACACGUGCUUGAAAGCAUCGCCGCACGAGUUAUCCAUAACUUGCGCCGGCCAAGAACGAAAAGCGCGCAUUAUCGUGGUCCCAGGUGAAGUCGAUCCGAAAUCGUGCGUCGUCCUCGAUUACGCCAUUACGAGGAAAGAAAUCACGACCGCCAGUGACGGGAAGAAAAAAUUGAAAGCCUCGGGGGAUGAAGAAAAGAACUACGAGAUUAUUAAAACGCCGUUAAAGAAGUACGUCUGGCGAUCUGGUGAUGUCGUUGAAAUCCCAAUGAUUUGUGCGGAUAAGCACGGAAACAUUGUGCCGCCGCCGAAACACGAAGAUUUGACGUCCACGUUCGCGAUCGUCGCCGACGGCGACGGGCCAGGAACGGUUGAAGCAGAUAUCGGGAGAAUCGAGAGCUUUGAUAAAAACGAUAAGCACGGUCCAACUGCGGUUGCGCGAUUCCGCGCAACCGCCUGCGGCUCGUACACUUUGCUCGUUUUCACCGCCGACAACCAAAAGAAAUGGUGGGAACGUGGCGGCAAAGCCGAAUCGCCAAUCCGGGGGGCGCCGAUUAAACUCGAUUUAGUCGCUGGCGCUGCGGAUGGUUCGAAAUGUUCAGCCAGAGUUGAAGGCGUCAAAGAACGCGCCGGCGCAGUAUUAAUCGCCGUCGCCGGUCGAGAAAUUGACGCGUACUUGGACGCCUUUGAUGCCUACGGCAACGCGUGCUCGUUUGACGCGGACCAAAAAGUUCGUGUGGAUUGCGCCGGCGCGAGCGAUUUACUCUUACGGGAAGCCUCGAAGAAGGACUUGAAGAAGAAAAAGAGCGCGAUUAACGUCAAUGAAAAAGCCUUUUCGGGUACGCUUACCAAAGCUGGUUCGUACUCCAUGCGCGCGACGGUCGACGGAAAAAUCUGCGCCGGCUUCCCGAAAGUAUUACAAGUCGUCGCGAAUGAAAUCGACGCGAAGACAUCCGUAUUGAAAGGCGACGCGUUGGCAGAGAAGCAAGUCCGCGUGGGCACUCCCACCCACGCAAUCUUCUUAGCGAACGAUUCCUUCGGCAACGCUCGACUGGAAGGCGGGGACAACGUGGAGAUUGUCUUGAAAUCAAACGAUUUCAUCGACGAAGGUUUGGAAGUUGAUGCGAAUGUCGAAGAUCACGCGGACGGUACGUAUUCGGUACGAUUUACGCUGCCUAAGAGCGGUAAGUGGACCGUGCACUUAAAAUGCUGGCCGGAUAAAGGUGAAAAGCCAGAGCAAUCCGUUCGCAUGUCCUUCAACUCCUUCGUCACCGGUGAUGCGGGUACGAAAUCGCAAGACGUGUCCAACACCGGCGUCAUCGAGUGCCUCCGCGGCAAAGUCAACGCCUUGACGCUGAAAUGUUUGGAAUCCAAACCGAUGUUUUUCGUCGGCGCGGAAACCGCGUUUACCUUACAAUCGACUGACUUUGACGCCUCGCACCGAGAAGUUGGCGGUAAAGAAGCCGUCUGCGCGCGAUUAUUAUCUCCAUCUGGUGUCUCUUCAAUUAUUCCUUUGAAGUUAACCAAGGACAAAAUCCGUUACCGCGCCGUCGUUCGAUGGCCAGAAGUUGGUCGACACACGUUAUUUGCCAACCUGGACGGCGAACCGUUAGUCGGCUCUCCGUUUACGUGCGACGUCAAACCGGCUGAAAUUUGUUUACCACUCUCUGAAAUCACCGGUUCUGGUCGAACCGAAUGCGUCGCUGGAAAACGAUCCUCCUUCAUCAUCCGUGCGCGCGAUCACCGAGGUAAUCGCUUGCGCAUGGGAGGCUCUCCGAUUGAGUGCGUGGUCACUUCCAUCAUCAAAGCCGAAGACAAACGCGUGGAAAGGCGCGAGGAUACGAUUGUCAAUACCGAAGGCUCUGUUCUCGAUCAAGGCGACGGGUCAUACGUCGUCUCGUACUUUGUCGACAUCGCCGGUAAGUAUGAGAUCGAGUUGGUCGCUGACGACUCGAGAAGAUCGCUGCAUGGUAUCUGCGAAGCCGCGGAAGCGGAUCCAAAUAGAUGUCAAAUCGACGCUUCUGGCUUGCGCAACUUGGAAGCCGGCAUGGUUGGUAUCGCGAGAAUUUUACGAUGCGACAAAUUUGGCAACGUUUUGAAAGCGUAUCCUGAUUCGUUACCGUUCCGCGUGGAAGCGUCUGGCGCAGGACCGGCGGAAAUCGAAACAGUGGAAGCUGGAGACGGAUCGUGCGACGUUCGAUUCGAAGCGAGAGUGGCGGGUAGGUACACCUUGUACGUCUGGUCCGGGUACAAACGAGACCCGGUGAAAGGCGCGCCGAUCGAAGUUCGCGUGUCGCCUGGUCAAGCGGCGGCGGCGCAUUGCGUUGCCACCGUCGAAGGCGCACACGACGACCAAGGGUUCAUUUCCUCCAAUACCAAUUCGAGUAUCACCCCGAACGUGGGUCAAAUCAACGCUCGCGCGGGUGAUUUUCUCACCAUUAAAAUGCACGCUCGAGACCGAUUCGGCAACGCUACCGUUUGGAAGGAAUGGCAAACGCUCGAAGUUCGUGCAUCUGGACCGAGAGAUGUGCGAUUCGAGGAGAUCCAGUCGAAGUCAUCGGGCGGAGGUAGUCAAAUCCGAGGCCAAUUCCGAUCGAUGUUUUCGAAAGCUGGGAGUUACGUCGUGUGGGUCACGGUUGGUGGCCAAGCCGUCGUCGGUUGGCCGAGAGUUAUCCACGUCUCACCAAACGUCACGGACGCGGACCAAAGUAAGAUGCGUCCGGAGGCGGAAACGUUGGCGUUGAUGAGUGAGCUCGUCACUUCUAACCAACGCGGCAACCGAAUGCUGUUAGGCGCGCCGGUGAGAGAUCGAGGCGCGUUUGGUCAGCGGACGUUAGCGGGCGCGACGAUGGCGGAGGACGAAGACAACGUCGACCAACUCAGAAGAGAAACAGAAGCGUUGAAGAUUAAAUUGGCUGAAUACGAGCGAGCGGCGGCGGUCGUUGCCAUGGCGGCGCAAAAAGGAGUCGAAGCAGAGUUGAAGCAACAACAACAACAACAACACGUCGUCGUCACAAAGGUGGUGAAAGGAGGAGGAAAACAACAACGACAACUGCGCGACAUCGAAUCCGAGACGGAGGAGGAGGAAUAA